UAUAUCGAUCUCACACUCAUCACUGGUUUACAUUUCCACUGGGCUCAUCCCCCGCUCCCCCAACACAAACCUUAACAAAAAUCCCUAACCUCAAAACAACCUUAAAUCCGUGUCUUAAUCCUAAUUAACCAUGUACAACACAACCAUGUCCGACCUCGACAACAUCGCGCUCGACCCCUCCGACUUCUCCGCCUGCCUCCCCCUCAAAAAGGUCCCCCACGGCGACGUUUUCGAGGCCUCCCGCGCCGGUGACGUCACCCGCCUCAAACACCUCAUCGACAGGGGCAUAAACGUAAAUUCACGCGACCAGUGGGACUCCUGCGCCCUCUACUACGCCUGCUUGGCGGGGCAUCUAGAAGCUGCUAGAAUGUUACUGGAACACGGAGCUAUCUGCGAUGAACACACUUUUGAUGGCGACAGGUGUCAUUAUGCGGCGUUGAAUUUGAAGGUGAGGAAGCUGUUGAAGGCUUUCGAGGCCAGGCCGCCGCCUCUGGGGCCGUUACAAGGGGCUUUGAGGGAUGUUUUCCUCGGCUGUGUCGCGAAUUCGGGGAAUUUGGAUCACUUGAAUGCACUAUCCAAUCCUGCAGGUAACUCUUUCGAUGGAGGACCAUGUUCUACCUAUUUUAAACCAGAUGUUGUAUUUUAUGUGCAAGGUAGAUCUAUUGAAGCUCAUAGAGUCAUUUUGAGUGCUCGGUCACCCUUCUUUAAGAAAAAAUUUGAGACCGACUGGAAAGACCGGACUGAAAUUAGAUUAUCCAGAGAGAAGUUAUCUUACUCCGCUCUGUAUUGUCUCAUCCAUUUCUUUUACUCUGAUAGACUUGAAAUUGCCGUUGAUGAAAUGGAGGAUCUUGUGAGAAUUUGCAAAGUUUGCAGGUGUGAAUCAUUGAAACGCGUGCUUGAAAAGGAAUUGUCACAUCAAAAGUAUGCAGAGUACAAAGCACUGGGAGAUGUAGACAAUUCCCAGAAGCGAUUUAUCAUGCAGGGCCUUUCCCUUCCCGAGGAAGACCGACUUCCUGCUGCAUUGCAACGAAUACUUGAAGUUUCACUUGCCAAUUCAACUGAAGAACAAAAUGUAAAUUCCAUUAAUGGACUUUCUUCUCAAGUGACCUCAAUGCAGAUGAGCUUUGAGGAAGAUCUUGCAGAUAUAUGUAUUAAAGUCGACAAAAAAUUGUUCCGUUGCCAUCAAGUGGUCUUGGCAUCUCGGUCAGAAUAUUUCAAAGCAAGAUUAUCACGUAUGAAGGAUUUUCUUGAAGGAAAAGGCGGUUUACCUGAUUUUACACUUCCAUUCCUUGAGGAACAUGAUUUGAGCAUAGAAGCUUUUGAGAAGAUGAUCGAGUAUAUGUACACUGACACUUUAAAGGAUAUAGACCCAGACCAGGCUGAAGAAAUGUUUGAUGCUGCUUCAAGAUAUUUAUUAUUUCCUCUCAAGCGUGCUGUAGCUGAUGUAUUGCUUCCACACCUGGAAAUGGCUCCACCAGCUGAGUUAUGUCAUUGGCUGAUGUUGGCUGACAUGUAUGGUGUUUUGAAGAUCCGGGAGUAUUGUUUAGAUAUAAUGGCAUAUAAUUUUGAAACGUUUGCUGAUUCCCAAGAAUUCCGGGCAUUGCUUUUAACUCUCCCACCACCUUCAGGAGAUUCCUCACUUCGAACCACUGUUCCGAGUGCUCCAGGAGCUGAAGCAACUAUGGACGGAGGGAAUAUUCUUGAUGAUUUGAGAGAAAAAUGGCUUGAAGCUGAAGCUGCUGAACUUGACAAAAGAGAUGAGAGUGCAUUAAUUUUUGACAAGCGGCUGGAGAUGCUGAUGAUUGUCGCAAAACGAGAAAAGUCCGUUAAUCACAAUGGUGAUAAUUAGAAAGCAUCUGUAUAUGUACUUGGAUCAAUCGUUACACCACAAAAUGAACAAUUCUUUUCCCCUCCUCAACUAGUACCUUGCUGUUGUAUUCUUACAAAUUCUUGAGUCUACAAAAGUUAUUACAAGGAUGCACACGAUAAAUCCAAUUUCUUCUCUGUAACAUAUAAUCCAUAUAAUGUACAUUUUUGUUUUUUGUCAUAUUCCAUAUAAUGUGAUAUAGUUCUAUUCA